AAGAGUACAAAGCGGGAGGGGACGUCAACCUCAGCAAGACCCACCCAGCAGUAGUGGCGAGCCACAUCUCCGAUGCGCAUCGCCUUUCCCUCUUUCCCACCCUCCUCCUCUUAUCCCCCAAAGCAGAGGAAAGCCGGCGAGGAGCUCUCCGUGCUCUGCUUAGCAGGUUCGAUCCAGCAACCCGUCGAUCGAUCGCCGGUGCAAGGCUAGCUGCCCAGCCAGCGGCGUGAUCUGGUUUUGAUCGGCCGGCGACCCCAUGGCGUCCAUCGUGGUGAUCGGCCUGGUGCUCCUCCUCGACAUCCUCGCCUUCGUCCUCGCCAUCGGCGCCGAGCGCCGCCGGAGCACGGCGCAACUCGGCGAGGCCGAGCCUGGCGGCAGGCGGUACUGCGUGUACGACACGGACGCGUCCACCUGGUACGGCGUCAGCGCGCUCGCCCUGCUGCUGGUCGGGCAGGCCGUGGCCAUGGCCGCCAGCCGCUGCUUCUGCUGCGGCCGCGCGCUCUCGCCCGGCCGCUGGCGCUUCUUCUCCGGCCUCUUCUUCGUCCUCUGCUGGCUGACGUUCGUGAUCGCGGAGGUGUGCCUGCUGGCGGGGUCGGUGCGGAACGCGUACCACACCAAGUACGUGAGCGGCUACUACAACGAGGGGGCGCUGCCCUGCGCCAUGCUGCGCAGGGGCGUCUUCGCCGCCGGCGCCGCCUUCGCCUUCCUCACCACGCUCUUCGUCAUGCUCCACUACGUCUUCUACUCCAAGGCCCGCGCCGCGCCACCGCCCAUCAUCAACGGCGGUGGCAUCGGCAUGACCCGCAUCUGAUCCCUGCGGCUAUGGUCGUGUCUGUUCGUGUCGUGUGUUGUAGGAUAAGUGUGGGGUGAAUGUGUGGCUCUGUCUGCCGAGAACAGAGGUUGCUAGUGUUAGUGAACAGCUGAAUAGAUCAUGUGGGAUUGUGGAGUGUGCGUCCAAGAGAUCAGUCUGUUUGCCUUGAGUAUUUUACAUUCAUGCGCCUUAUAUUUAUUGUAUUUCAUUUGUGAAAA